CCAAUAAGCGGUCACACUGCUGCUGGGGAAUAGGGCAACAUCACCGUGAAAAAAAUAAAGAAUUGGGGAAAAUGUGGUUUUCGGUCAAGUGAUAGCCGCAACGUAGGUGAGCUGGCCGAGAAAAACGGAUUUGGACAAGGACCUACUGGCCGGAAAACUCCUCGGCUGGACUCUAUUCAAUUGGCUGUCCCUUAAAAGUUGUCGACGUUCGUUGCCGUUGUUGUUGCUGCUGGCUGCGUUUUCGUAUUGGCAUCGGUUUUUUUUUUGGGGUACAUUUAGUGUACAUGUAAAUCGACGUGAAAAUCCGUAACCGAUAAACGCAUAAAGCCAGAUAAAGAAGGGCAGCAGCGAGAUAUAUUGUUCCGCCAGAUAGUUCUAAUUAUACAACCCAACUCGUAGACGUAUUCCCCCGAAGAUCCGAAACUGGUUAUACACACAACGCAAGGAACGGGAGGUUGGAGGAGGGCCCCAUGGACAAAAUCAAGUUAAAGGUUAUUGGCGUGCUGCGCGAACGCGAUGGUGGAAAUCGCAGUGGCUCUGGAGGAUUGGGAGCAGCUGCCGGAGGAUCUGGCGGAUUGACGGCCACUACAGGUCAUCAGUUGGCCAGCACUGGAGUGGGCGUGGCCGCACCGGCGAUUGGCGUCGCGCAGGAUAAUAACAACGAAGGCAACGCCCCAACAAUAGAAGCCCAGGCAACGGGAGCAGCUCCUGGUGCCUCAGUGGGAGUGGGUGGUGCCGCUAGAACCUCAGUUCUAGCCCGACCCCAGACCUCCAAGAUCAGUGCUCAAGACCUGGCUGGGAUACUCAACACGCGGAGACGGCUCGAGUGGACCAAGGAGUGGCUGCGCAAGAACCAGGCCGAGUUCCUCAGCAAGGAGAACCUGCUCAGCGAGCUGCAGUCGCGCAAGGAUGAGUGUUAUCACUUGAAUUACUUCCUAGCCAUUACAGAGAGCCAGUUUCGGUAUCUAGUGCAAAAACUGGAGCCCAUCAUUAGCCAGUAUGCGCCACAGCGCAAGAAGAAGUCCUUCAGCGCCGAGGAGCGACUGGCCAUAACGCUCAAGUAUUUGGCAACGGGUGAAGUACAUUCUUGUCGAAACUACUGCUUCCGUGCCUCGAAAUUUGUGAUAAACGAAAUGAUUGCCAAUAUCUGUCUGGGCUUCUACGAGCACCUCAAGGACCAAUACGUGACACUACCAAAGACUGACGAUCAGUGGCGCAGCGCCGCCGAGGAGAUGGAGCGCAAGCACAACCUGCCCCACUGUGUGGGCAACCUGUUCAUGCGCAGCAUCCAGCUCCAGGGCUCCGGUUCCGGUUCGGGUUCCGGGGCGGCGGGAAGCGGUUCCGCCGGUGGCGACGAUCGCAAGCGGGCGACCGUCAUCUUCACGGGCAUCGUCGAUGCCGACAACAAUUUCCAGUACGCAAAGGUGGAACGGGCGGCGAGCAGCCGGCCCAAUGACAUCUAUAACCAGACCACUGCCGUCGAGCUGAUCAGGCACAAGAUGCACGCCCUCGAGGAGCAACAGUCGGCGGAGAUGGACCGGCAGGGCUAUUACUUCGCUGGCGACUCAGUACUGCCGGCCACCUCGUAUCUGGUGACCACACGGAACCUGCCCAAGGAUCGGGCUGUGCUGGAGGCCCUUGAGCAGGUCAAUGCCCAUGCCGAUCAGACGAUGCGGAUACUCUGCAACAUGUUCCCAAUUCUGGCGCAGCCUCUGCGCAUCAGCGACAAGCACAUCCGGGAAGUGGUGCUCGGCUGUGUGGCGCUGUACAAUUUCCUGCGCAAGACAGACGACUCCUUUCGGCGCACCAGCGACAGCAUUGUGCAACAGCGGGCCGAGCAGCAGCAACUGGCAGCCGCCUAUAGCGUCGAUAGCGACGAAAUCGACGACGACUGCAUCAUGCUGGCCACCGAGGAGGAGCUGCGCGAGCGGGCCGAGUUCACGCCCAGCGUUGGACUUACCACCUGCUUCCAGCCGCUGUGCACGCAGCGUGGCGAGACGCCCGAAGGUCUGGCCAAGCGGGACUGGCUGCUCCAGCUGGACUUUGGCGGUCAGAGUGGAAACGGCAGAGGAAUUGGCCUGGGCAUCGGAAACAGCGAUGGCAAUGGCAGCUUGAGCGGAAAUGGAGGACUAGGCGGCAGUACGGACAGUGCAAGCGGCAGCUCAAAUGGGAGUUUAUAUUAGUGCAAUUUACCUAAGUACUUUACGAAUUUUGUAUAGUUCCUUGUUUUAUAUUUUUUAAAUCUGUAAUCUGUAACAGCA